GAACGUUAUAAAAGUAGCAAAAAAGCAAUGGAAGAUUUUAGGGUAAAGGUUGACCAUCGUUUUUUAACUUUGCAAAAUUUACUUUAUGAAAAGGCUUAUUUACUUCGAGAAAUUGAGGCGUGCAAUCACUUUAUUGAAAGGCCUCACGACAUUAAUAUAUGCUCUGUUGAAGAGUUUAAAUCUUCCGCGCCUUCAAACUUAAAACUAUACUCCAGCGCACAUCAAUUGAUGACCAACCGCUUAAUUUUCGAAAGGCAACAGCGCGUAAGCUUAAUGGAAGCACUUCAGCAGAAGAAGGCCGAGAGAGUUGUUUUAAAAGAACAGACUGAAGAAAAACUCAAAAAUUAUUAUCUUCUCGAAGAAAAACUUUCAGGUUUAGUAAAGCACUGCAUCGAAAUUAAAAGUUUGUUGCACUCGCUUGAUCCAAGCGAUGCAGUCUACGAAUCUUUUGGCGAAGAAGCUCUUCAUCUUCCCGAUCCGCUUUACGCAUUUUAUUGCUUAGUCGAAUCUUUUAGGCUCUCUUUCGACAAAAGCGUAUACUGCGAAAUAGUUGGAGAUAAGGAGUCGGCGAAAGUGUUUAAUGAGAAUGAAGCCCGCGAUAAACCACCACCAUUUUGUGAAGAGGAUAGCACCGAUUUCAAGCGCGGGGGGCUCAGUAAAGUGGCUAGGAAGGGGUGGUUUCUGGAAGGGCAUCCUUUAAGUCUCCGACUUCACUUUACGCUUCAAAAUACUACUUUUGUAGUUUCCUUGAAGUACGCUGUGCAUUUAAAACUUAUUUGUGUGCAAGCGUUAAGUGAGCAGCAGAAGUUGUCUUCCGAAACGGCGAGGGUUCUUUGCUACCUCUACCCUUCUGAUUCCGGAGUUCACUUGCCGAGCGAUAAAAUGCAGUAUUUACUCGACUCUGCAGGCAUUACUAGUGUCUCUGAAGUCGUUGUCUCCCUGGGUUAUCCAUUUAUGUGGGCCCAGACGGCCUGCGGCCUCUUACAAAACUCGGCAGAGGAAAGAUGGCAGCGUCAAUACUUUUCGCAGCUCAUUCUCUUAAUAAAGCGCCGUUUAAAUGCCACAUGGUGCCUUAGCAAUGAACUGAAUUCGCUAAAAAAGGGUCGUAUUGAGCAGGUCUUUGCCAGCUCUGAUUCAGUUAGCAAACGCUCCUUGUCUACCGCUGGCGCCUCUCUUUCUUCAUGGUCGUUUAUGGAUGAAGCUGAAGGCAUUAAAACGUACAGUUUUAUAAUUUCAAAAACAAAAGACACGCUUUCCCUCCGCGGAACAGUAAGAAUUCCGCCAAACUAUCCGACGGCUGCCCCGGAGUUCAGCGUUUACUUCCAUCCAUUCUUGGAAAACGACUCUUACGCUCAUGCCGUGGAACAAGAAGUGAACGUCCACUAUGAGGAGUUGCUGGGAGACUCGGCCACUCGUGACUAUCUUUUGUCCAGACAAUUAAAACGUUUAGAGGAACUCUGCGACUAUUACAUACAGUUACACGCUAUUGGCUCCGCUGGGGGUGUCUUUUGGGGGGCACCAUGUGGGGGACGACCUCAUAGAGGGCCUUUACUGGAGCCGCCCUCUAAAAUCGAUGUGGAAGUGAAAACUAUUGUUCAUAGAAACAGUCUUUAAAUAUAGAUUAUCGGCUUUUUUAUUAGUUUA